UAUUUUGUCAGUGAUUGAAAAACACCCAUUGUUCAUUCUUUUUUUUACAUUUUACUUUUCAAAGAAUCGCAUAACUUGCGAUUCUUUGAAAAUUACGCUACUUCGCUAAUACAGAAGUAUCAUAGAGAAUCGUCGAGAGCGAUUCAUAUAUACGUCAUAAAGAUCUAGAUCCCUUCCAGUCCUGUCCAGUAUGUUUCGAUGAAGUAUGUUAUUAGCGCGUGAAUAUGUUUGUUAUUAUAUAACAUUAUUGGUAACGCAGAAUUUUGUGAUGACAGCGUAAACAAGAAUUCUACAUUAUAAUUUAUCGUACUGUCCUACGGUUAGAAAGUCAUGGCUUAUCCGGUAAUUCUCUGAAUGAGUGCGAUGUAUGGCUCUACCAAUCCUGGAUCUGGAGUAAGCCCAGAAAUACAACAAUGGUUCUCUACAGUGGACAAAGAUGGAAGUGGACAGAUAACAGCUUUAGAAUUGCAAUCAGCAUUGGCCAAUGGUCAAGGGGGAACAUUUUCUGACACUGCAUGCAAGUUAAUGAUUGGUAUGUUCGACAAAGAAAAAAAUGGCACUAUAAACGUGACAGAGUUUCAAGCUCUCUACAAUUAUAUAAAUGCUUGGCUUGGCGUGUUUCGUGGCUUUGAUCACGAUAACUCGGGCAGUAUACAAGAGAGUGAAUUAAAUGCAGCUCUAACACAAAUGGGUUAUAGACUUAGUCCAGAGUUUAUUCAAUUUCUUAUAAAAAAAAGCGAUCUUCGUGGCCAUCAGUCUAUUACUGUUGACCAAUUUAUAGUACUGUGUGUUCAAAUACAGAGGUUUACAGAAGCAUUUAGAACAAGAGAUACUGAUCAAACUGGAACGAUUACAAUCGGAUUUGAAGAUUUUCUGGGAGUAGCUCUUAGUUGCAGCAUAUAACAUCUGCAUAUCUCAACAAUAAUAAUUAAAUUAUUUUUUAUCACUUGUACGCUGAAAAAUAAUUAUUCAAUUUACUGCAGAUUCUAUUUUUCUAUCUUAGGAGAUAGUGUAAAACCGAUUUAUGUCUAUAAGUUUUUUUUAGGUUUUAAGAGAUCUAUGUAUUUGUAUUUAGAAA